UAAAUGGAAGAGAAUUGAGAAAAAGGAAAUCAAUACUUUGUCCGUGUAAAGUUGGACACGUGGCGGACACGUUCGGAGUCAAGAUCGAUAUGAAGCUAUAUUUAAGUUUCAACUCGCGCCGAUAAAAGCACCGUGUACCGAAACGCGCCCGCGGGUCUAUACUUCAACUGUUAACAUCCUGAAGUUCAAAGUAUAUAUAUUGCUCCGUUAACUUUCGCGCUCGUCAAGGCUGGCCACCUUUGUUUACUCGUUGUUAAAACGCGACCCGGCGAUUCGGGCAUCGUGGAUAAUGUUAAUUGUCGUCAAUUUCUCCAUUCGCGGACGUCGAAUUUGGAUAUGAGACCACACGCGGCCGGAAGCUGCGAGUCACGAAUGCAUGAAUAGCUAGACGUCGCGCACGAGAUCGCGUUCGCGGCCAACUUCGUGACCGACCGAAGCCCCGAAGAUUUCGACCAAUGAUGAAGAUCGACGCGAGAGAAAAAUGAAGUUGCUCCAAGUUAUGGGGAAUCUAGGCGACCACCACCUAUCUCCCCCCCUCCUCCACGUAUCCUCCUUCGUGACGGAGAUGUUUGACAGCUAUCCGUGAAAUAGGUGCGUCCGCGUUCACGAUCGUUUACGACACCGAGUCACAUUUUUGUUUAAACAGAUUAAUUUCCUGGACGCCGAGAAAUAUGGCCACGACAUUGUCGCCGAAGGAAUUCUCCUUGAGGUGGAAUAACUUUUCCAACAACCUGACGUCCGGCUUUCUCUCUCACCUGAGCGAGAAUUAUCUGGUUGACGUGACAAUCGCCGUGGAGGGGCAGUUGUUGGCUGCCCACAAGCUGGUUCUCUCUGUGUGCAGUCCUUAUUUCAAAAACAUAUUCAAGGAGAAUCCCUGUCAGCAUCCAGUCAUAAUAUUGAAGGAUGUGAAACACUCGGAGAUAACGUCUCUGUUGAAGUUCAUGUACCAGGGAGAGGUGAACGUGAAACAGGAGGACCUGCCCACUUUCCUAAAGCUGGCGCAGAUGCUGCAGAUAAAAGGACUAGUGGGUGGCGAGGAAGAGAUCAUACCAUUGUUAAACAAUUAUGCCAAUGUGUCAGAUCAGCGUGAUUCCGACGAUGUGACCGCCCUGUCCGACGUGCCGAGCGAGCAGGAUGGCAGGAGCAAAGCUUCAGACGGGUCUGCGCACUCUCACAGGAUAGUCAAGAGGAGCACUAAAACGAGAAAGAGAUGCAUGGGCGAGGACGAUUACAGCUCGAUCAAGAAACUGAGAAAUGAAUCGAGCGUCAACAACAAGGACGACAUUUGCCUCUUGUCGGAUAACGAUGAGAGAGACGCGAAUGAUUCUAACAACGAGAAGGAUAUCGGACGCAACGCGACCACUGAGGCAAUUAACCACGAUAGCAAAGAGAUAAUUGAGUUGUCCAAUGAAGAAACGUUAGAAGAAAACUCGUUGUUACAAUCAGCCGUGGAGCCAGUAAUAUACAGACUGUCUGCCAGAGGAAGACCACAACUGGUUCACGAGGGAUACGUAUACAAUAUGACCUCUCGUUCCAAAGUAUACAACAGCUCGCAUUAUCGUUGCGCGGAGCAGCAUCGCGGUUGCCGCGGCAAAUGCUCGGUGAUCGCCGAAACGUUCAUGCCGACGGGAGUGCACGAACACAAUCAUCCACCGAGUUAUCAAUCGGAGUACGAUUACAGGAAGAAGAAAGGCUUGGAUACUGACAAUGUAUAAGGAUUGUUUCACGAUGCAUUUCAAGGUGUCUUGUAUCCGGAUUUAUGAGUCUUAGUCUUUAUAUAAAUAUAUACCCGGCAAUUGAAAUAGACAAUACGCUUAGUCGAAAGAGAAAUCUAUCGCGUACAUUUUUCUGAUUUAAAUUUGAAUAAUGUGUAAAGAGAGAUACAAGUUUCUAGUUAUCUUUAGUCCAAAUCUUAAUUAUAUCCUUUUAUGGAUCGGUUAAGUGACACAGAAGAAGGGUAAAUUUUUGUUUGUUUGAAACUAUUUUAUCUGGAUAUCCAGAUAUUGGCUGUUUCAAUUGCAAAGAAUUCAUUACCGGCCAAAUGUAGAAUCUAGAUAGCAUGGCUCGAUUCUAUAAUUUGGCGGUGCAAACGCUGCUGUUCAGUGAAAUCGACAUAUCAUUUAUUAUCACUGCAUUUCCUGAUGAAGGUGUUGAAAAUGCAACAUCCUUGAGGCCUCGUCUCUAAUUCUUUUAUAUGAGAGAACAACAAUUCUCUAGGAUUCAAGUUAUACUCUGUACUGUGCUUUCAUGCAGCUACAAUUCCAGUAAUUUUGCAUGUAAUGUAAUUACGAUUGAGCGCCUGAAAUCUUAAGACAUUCCAAUUAAUUAUAAGAUUUUUCACUUAGUCCCACACUUUACAUUCAAUCGCGUUAGAAUUAAAACAGUUUUAUUCCUACGAUGCUUAGGUUUUUUCUUCUGACAUUUUGAUUCGUUUUCAAAUGACGAUUUUCAAUUUUUCUUUAUCAAUAUUUCCUAUUUAAUGAUGCAGUCUUCCAACUUUAGAGUAUCAUUUUGCUCCUCUCUCUUUAUGGGAAGUAUCUUCUUACUUGCAGCAUCGUCUGCCUCUUCACUUCCUUUUGAAAUAAUUUGUCGGCUCACUUAGGUAAUGUAGCUACUGUAAUAUUGGCUCGAGUAAGUAACAUUGUUAUCAACGAAUUGCGAAUUUCACUGGACAGUCAUGCGUGCAUACGUAAAAGCCAAAACAAAAGCUGUGAAUUAAACGGACACGUUUGACGUUAGAUAUUAAAGUACAAACGUUGGCCUAAUUUAAAAAAAAGAUUGAGAUUUUUCGCGCAUUAUACAGAAACAUUCCGUGACCAAUGUAUAGAGAAUAGAGCCCAACGAUUAAUAUAAAUAAGUAUAUAAUUGUUCAAACAAAGUCGGUCGCUAUUUAGCGAUUUACAUUUGUAAGUUUUCAUUCCCAAACAAAGAUGUAAUUGUAAGAUAUGAUAGAUUUAAAUGCAACUGUGAUGCGUCGAUUCAUCAACUACCACAAUUUAAUAAAUAGCAAAUGAUUUAUUUAUAACGUUGAAUAAUGUAAUCGGUAUAUAUACAAUACCGACUAACCAUAGUCUGGUUUGAAUCCAUUUGUGCUGGUAGGAGGAUGACUGAACUUUCAGACAUACAAUAUAAGCAAGUAUUACAUCCA